ACAAAAAUCUAUCUCAAAUUCAGAAGCCAAGAAAGCUGAAAAUUUCAGAAAAGAAAACUCAAGAGUAUCAAUGGAGUUGAUACAUCAUGAAGUAGUACUCCAGAGUGCUUCUCCAUACCUAAGUGCUCCCACUAGUCCAAAGACUCCAAACCGUGGCAUGCAAUUUUAUACUGCACCUUCCAGUCCUGCAGAAGAAGCACUAGGGGAUGAUCUAUUUUUUGAUGAUUUUGAGUUCUCAACAAGUCAAAAAUUCGAUGACUUCAUUGAUCUAGAGAUCAGCCAGAAUUCUGAACAUAUCCCGGUGAAUGAUCAGCCUCAGCAGCAGCAAGGAAAGCCAAGAAGAGAGCGCGGAGGAUCACUACCAACAAUGGCAUUUGCCGAUGAGCUUUUCUACAACGGCCUAGUCAUGCCUCUAAAGCCUCCACCUAGGCUUCAAACGAGUCAAGAAAAUGGAAACAGUUUCAGACAAGGGUCAGUUCCUUCAUCACCAAAAUCACCUCAGAGUUCAAGCUUUAUUAAGGUUCCAUUUGUUCACAAGGCCGUGUGGAACGAUGAUUUUGAUCCCUUCAAGGUUGCGUUGCAAAAAGUAUCGAAGGAGAGUAGGGGACGAGCUAGCAAUGCCCGAGGUAGCCACAGGCGAACGAGGUCUCAUUCACCGUUUAGGACGACUAAUUCAUGGAGAUGGAAUGAUCAGCAUGAUGAAGCAAAAGAGGAUAAAAUUUUGAAAGAUCAGGAAGUCUUUGGACAAAAAUUUGGUCUGCCGAAGGAGCCUAAGGGCUCUCCUUAUGCAAGGUUUGUUAUUAAUCAAAACAAGCAAGUGGAAGAAAUCGAGAAAGGACGGAAAAAGCCUCAGAAAUUGCAGUCUGGAGGAAGGAUUAGGCCUGUGAAAAUGGACCAUGAAGAAAAUGCAGUAGCUGCAUGGAAAAAUAAUGUCACUGUGGAACGUGGAAUGAAGAAGAUAAGAAGCAUUUUCUUGAAGUAUGCAUUAUUUGGGAGGGAGAAUAGUGACGAAAAAGCAAGUAACUAUCAAAGCUCUACAUUAUGGAAGUCGAAUUAUUUCAAGAAAUUAAGCUUCAAAGUCAAGGGAAACAAUAAUCCUAAUGGAAACAUGAAAAAAAGAGGGAUAGAAGAAGAAGAUCCAAAGAUGCAAGUCAUAGAAUCCAAGCGCAACAAGCCUUCUUUAGCUCUUUGCUUGGGGUAUGGAUUUGAACACCAUAAAAACAUGGAUUAUAGCCUAUGAUACAGGUGAAGCAUGUCCAAGAAUAAAAUUCCAGAACCACAUAUGUA